CUUCUGAUCUCUCUUAAUGCGUUAAAUGCUCAGACAGUGUUAAAGUAUAGUUAAUAUCGGAUGCUGCCAUCUAUUUUUAACCGAAUUUGCGAUUAUUGAUAACAUUUCAGAUGAAUAUUAUGCAUUAUAUGUGAGGAAAGUGACUGUCGGACAGAGGCUGGACUAAAGGAAGGGUCAAACUCUCGGGACUGUUUGUGGGAUUGACAUUCAGUCUUGUGGUCGACGACGUAGAGGAGUGGAGAUAUUUUUUACAACACAAAGGAUUAAAUCCAAUAAACGCAGGAUAAAGGUUUAAAGAUUUGUGGGAUUGGAAGCGGUUAUCUCGCAGACGCAGCAUGUGGAAUAAAUGCACGAGGAAAUGCCAAAAUAUUAUACGCCAACCUAAGCAAAAAUAUUGAUGUGAAUGGAAAUGGCGAACACUCUGGAGAGGGAGAUUUUGGAGCGGGAGCUCCGUCCACGUUUGUGUUAUUUAACUAAAGGAGAUCGCGGAUAUGGGUUUCAUCUUCACGGGGAGCGCAGCCAAGGAGCGCAAUACAUCCGCAAGAUCGAGCCCGGCUCCCCCGCGGAUCUGUCCGGUCUCAAAUCGGGCGAUCGGGUGGUGGAGGUGAAUGGAGAGAACGUGGAAGGAGAAACCCAUCAGCAGGUUGUCCAGCGGAUCUUGGAAGUGGACCACCGCACCAGGUUGCUGGUAGUAGACCGGGUCACAGAUGAGUUCCUCAAGUUUCACGGUCUCCCGUGUACGGAAGACAGGGCGAUCGAGAUGGGGUCUCUCUCCUCGCGAUCCUCAGCGGCAUCCUCUCCCCGCGCCUCCCCUCGAGACUGCGCCACACCUACAUACAGCAGGCAGAGCUCAGAGGGGAUUUUAAUAAAUAAGAGUCCCAGUGCCCCUGGAGGAGUGUUGAAUGGCUCUCCGCUGUACAGAGCUCAUGCUCGCCUGACAUCAUCUUCGUACCUGUUGCCCUCCUCCCCUUCUGAACCCAAGACUGCAUCCUUUGAACCCAGCACUGAACCACAAACUGAACCUGACACUGAAGACAACGUUACAGACAGUGCCGAAACCAGCACCGACUUCAGCUAUGACCACACUCAAACAAAAACAACAACACAGGAUGAGAUACUAUCAGAGAGGGACGUGGUAACCAAGGACCUCCGUCCACGCUUGUAUCACAUGACCCUGAGCGAGCACGGCUACGGCUUCAACCUGCACUGCCAAAAAUCUCGUGCGGGCCAGUACAUCCGCUCCGUGGACCCUGGCUCCCCAGCGGAGCGUGUGGGAUUGAAGCCAAAAGAUCGUCUUAUCGAGGUGAAUAACAGAAGUAUAAAGGGACUGCGUCAUGCUGAAGUCGUGGCAUUGAUCAAAGCGGGUGGUAGAGAAACCCGUUUGUUGGUGGUCGACCCUGACACAGAUGAGCUCUUCAAAAACCUGGGAAUCACCCCAACGUCUACUCAUCUCAAAGAAGACUGUGUGGAUGGGCCAAUAAUACAGAGUACAGAGCCGAAGCAUUCAAACACAGUGAACACCGUUUCUGCUUCACCUGCCACAGACGUCUCCAGGAUCUCUCCACCCAUCAUAAACAUAACACUGACAGAUCCACCGAUCAACGGCUCUCCACGGCACAAGAGUUACGGAAGCUCCUCCUCCCAUUCCACGUUAUCAGAAAUUAGUGCUGAACUGACCAGUUUUGAAACCAGCAACAAGGUCACCGACUCUGACCAUUACUCCAGCGAUGAGAUCCGUUACGUUCAUCGAGAUGGAAAAUCUAAGCAGCAUCCAGCAGACUCGUUCAGGGAGAACGGUCUGCAUCUAAGCCUGACUGCAGCGGAGGCGAGACAAAAAGCCCUGGCCAAACGGGCCAAUAAGAGAGCGCCCCCUAUGGACUGGAGCAAGAAACAAGAAAUCUUCAGCAACUUCUGAAUGUGGAGAACACAUCUACAAUUUUCACUUCUGCAAAAACUGAACGAAAGAAAUAAAAAUUAGAGCAAAUUAUAAGGUCUUUAUUUUAUAUCUUUUAUCAGUAUGUGUGUUCCCUAAACCCAGGAACUUGGCCAGCUAUCAGCGAUCUCUGCCAGCUAGAGCUACAGGUUCUUAAGAUUCACGUCUUUUCAAGACCUUCAGAAACACUAAGAGAAACUAAAAUCUGUUUGCUCAGAAGAUUUCUGCUUUUAGUCACAGCCACCGUAAAUGGGUAAAGGACAUUCUCCAAUGGGAUAUGGUCAAAAAAUGGAAGAGAGAUUGGAAAUGUGGUCUGGAAAGUUUUGGGUUUGGAUUCAGAUCGAAUGUUAUGCUAUGUACCGAAAGAAAUGCUUCUGACAAAAACUCAACAGGCCCUUCCCAGACAGCAGACGGCUCCGGGCCAGAUCCGUACAGAAGUCAGCAGUCUGGAAUGUAUGUUUAAUUGAAUACAACUGUUUAAUUUGCCAUUUUGUUGCUAGUAAGUUUUCUAGUCACCUCAAUGAAACUAUAAGUUGACUAAUGACAUUCUGUAGAGUGACACAAAAAUGUCAAAGUAGGUGAGCAAGAGAAAGAGAGGAAAAACUACUACAUAGUCUCAAUAGCUAGUGCUUGAUCGAUUCGUGGGUUUAAGCACGAAUGAACUGCUGUUGCUUUGGGGUGAUACGGUUUAGUGGUUAAAGAUCUGACCUGGAUAAACAGCUGCUGGUUCAAACCGCAAGCACCAGUGUUGAUCUGAAUGAUUAACCUCAAGUAAGGUCAAGAAGGUAUUCGCUGUACUAAAUGUGUUCGGUAAGUUGGGCUGGAUAAGAAAAGGACCCAGUUGAUAAACAAUAAUAUCAACAGUGCAGAAGAUCACUGAAUGACAUGAGAUGCAGAUAUUUUCUGGCAGUAAAUACCUGUUAUCAGGGGAAGAUUUUAAUAUUUUAAAUAAUUGCAUAGCAUAAUAAUUCACAACAUUAUGUUUAUCCUAGUACAUGCAAUAUUUGUUACUUUAAACGCAGCCCAUAUUUUCUGUGAGAGGGACUCUCAUCAAAUAAUGUCAGUAUAUAUCCUGUGUUGUGUAAUUGAGUUUAUUUUAUUCAAUUCACUGCACCUACAUCAUGCACUUUCUCACUAAAAAUCUAUAUUUAUUAGUUUGUUUUAUGUGUAUUUUCUCUUAAAUACUGUUUUCACAUAAUAACCAUUUUUAUACUAUACAUAAUAUUUAUAGACAUGACAAUUAUUUCUUUUUAGAUUAAUAUUAACAUGGUGUAUUACAUAAUCUCAGUGUAAAUCUCAUCUUCAGGUGGAUUUUCAGUAAAACAGAUAAACUAGUUUUAUCAGAAUAUAUACAGGAAUUCAGCUGAAUGCAUGACAACUAUAAUAUGUUGUUCAGAAAAUGUUAAAUAAUACCAUAAUGUAAAAGUAUAAAGUCCCUUGCCAUGUUUCUUUGUUGUUUUAGCAAAGUUUUAAUAACUAUUGAUAUUUAUUUUUCACUAUCUUUAUUAAAAUACUGAAAAUACUAGAAAUAUGUAUACAAAAUGUAAAAAUAAAAACUUAACACAUCUUAAACUCUUUUGAGGAGACUUAAGUCACUAGAUUUGAAAUAAGGAUUUUAUUUUAAUUUAGAUUUAAGAGAGCCUUGCAGAUUUCUGCUAUAGUGUAAGUGUUAUUUUAUUGUGUUUUUAAUACUAAAUAAAAAUGUCCUGUAUUUUCUGAUUGUAUUUCUAAUAAAAAUCAUUAUAUAUGGUCAUCAAGAAUUCGGAUGGUUACAUGGUAAAAUGAGACCUCUGCAGAGUACUGUAUAUAAUUUUUUCUUGCCACCCUCAUGUUGAGUAUGUCAGUUAAACAUUACAAACACGU